AUAUCGUUUUAUUAAAACAAACCUAAUUAAGAUGACACUCAAGCCGAGCAAACCGAGUCGGUGGGGAUAAAGAACCUCAACAAGUAGAAUAUAGAAGUGAUCUAGAAAGAAAUGGCAUCACAACAUCAAAACGGUGGUCGGAGCCCCGAACUGAGGCACGAUCCAGUAACAAACCGAUGGGUCAUUUUCUCACCUGUCCGUGCAAAAAGACCCACUGAUUUUAAAUCAAAAAACCCUCAAAACCCCAACCCCAACCCCAACAACAAUUCCUUAUGCCCUUUCUGCAUCGGCAACGAGCAUGAGUGUGCGCCCGAGAUCUUCCGAGUCCCACCCGACCUGAAUGACCCGAAUUGGAAACUCCGGGUGAUUGAGAAUCUCUACCCUGCCCUGAGCAGAAAUCUUGAGUGCCCAUGUGAGGAAAAGCAGGGCAUGGAGUUUCCAGGUCGGGUCAUUGGAGGUUUUGGGUUUCACGAUGUGGUGAUAGAGAAUCCAAUUCAUUCGGUCCAGCUAAGUGAUAUGGAGCCGAGAGAGAUUGGUGAAGUUUUUUUGGCUCAUAAGAAGAGGAUUCAGCAGAUUAUGAGUGUUCAAUCCAUUAAAUACGUGCAGGUGUUCAAGAACCACGGUGCAUCUGCUGGAGCAUCGAUGAGUCAUUCUCAUAGCCAGAUACUGGCUCUUCCCGUUAUUCCUUCAUCAGUUUCUGCUCGACUUGAGGGCAUGAAGGAGCACUUUGAAAAGACUGGAAAAUGCAGUCUCUGUGAAGUUCGAGCAAAAGAACUCUUGAUUGAUGAAUCAUCCCAUUUUAUAUCCAUUGUUCCUUUUGCUGCCACAUUCCCUUUUGAGAUAUGGAUUAUUCCCAGGGUUCACUCUUCUCAUUUCCAUGAACUUGAUUUUGAGAAGAUGGUUGAUCUCGGCGGAUUGCUGAAGCUCAUGCUUAGGAAGAUUUCUCUACAACUGAACAACCCACCAUUUAACUUCAUGAUCCAGACUUCUCCCGUUCAGGUUAAAGAAUCAGAAUCAUGUUAUACUCACUGGUUCUUACAGAUCGUCCCUCAAUUAAGUGGGGUUGGGGGUUUUGAAAUUGGAACUGGUUGUUACAUAAAUCCUGUUUUGCCCGAGGAUGCUGCAAAAGUUAUGAGGGAAGUUAAUCUUCCAAUGCAGGAUUGAACUGAUCUGAUCGCAUUCAUACCUGUAAUAUUUAAUUAGAAAUAAAUGAGACAGUCGAAAAGAAAGAUUACUGUGGAGAAGAGAGUCCCAUUUUAUAGAAUCUAUUGACACCGUUUCUUUUUGGUA